GUCGCGCCAUGCCUAAACCUAAACAUCGUCCCGCCCCUGGGGGUGACUUACCAACCAUGGGGCCAUCGACCUCACCAGAGAAGGCCUCGGACCAAAGCAGAGUUUAUGGUAGUCAGCAGCCGCCUAACCAGCGCGAAGCCUUCAACGAGUUCUAUCCUAACGGACUACCCAACGUCUACAAGAUGUUUCAGACCCCCAGCGCCGACGGUGUCCGGCAGACGUAUCUUGAAGACUAUCUCCCUGUGGGGUUUUACACGAACCCUCGUACUGAAGCUGGAGCUAUCUUCUCAACACAAUGUGGACGACGGCCUUUCCGCCGAAUGGACCAGCUGAUGGCCCAGCGUCGCGUCCACCUCUGGAACAAGGACGAAGUCCAGUCUGUUUGUAACUCGCUUCGCAGGCUCUACUGGAAUUACAUGAAGUACAUGCAGAAACCCUCUUGCUGGGAUGACUUGUGGAUCUAUUUCGAUACCCACGAUAUCUACAACUAUGGAGCCCUGAAUCUCUGGAAUGUGGUCAACCAUCUCUAUCAUGAGAACCAAAUCAUCGCUGAGGACGUGAAAAAGACAACGGCUGUUGAAGUCGGCCUCUGGGCUGAUUCAUGGAUGUAUAUGGAUUCCAACUGCCAGAAUCUUAUAGACUGGGAUGAAACUCAAUCUAUCAUCUCACUUCUCAGUCAGGACGAUUGGAAGUCGAUCGGUCGUAUUCCAGCUGAAGUUAUGACGCUCGUUGAAAGCGCGCUUACACACCGUCGCUCCCUGUUACUUGCUCCCGAAAAGCUAAGGCUGGGUUCGGAUGUAAAGCCAAAUCAUCUGAUGAAGUCUUGCGCCGACAACAACCUUGAAAACUGGCUUGCUGGCCAACGCAUCUUUGAGCCCUCAGGCCUUCCACCACCUCCAGCGGUCAACCCCCACCAAGCUUCGCCAACUUCCAUGAAGGCUCUCGCACCCGUUCUUGUAUUAGACGGGAAACACUACUAUCAGUCGCCAUCCGAAAAGCGCGUACCCAGCGCAGUGGAAGCCCUGCACCAGUCUGCCGCCGCCGCUGGACCUGUCGUCGCUCACAGUAACAGCGGCGUAGUGUUGACGGAACAGACUAAGAUAACCAACUCCGGGGAAACUCUUCAAGUAUCACCUCAAAUCAGGUGCAAAUCUACCGAGCCCUCUUAUGCUAUGCCAUCCCCGCCAUCUGGUAAUGGAAAGAAAAAUCAAGCUGCUCCUAACUCAUCAACAAAGCGGAAUAAGAAAUCGUUUAAGAAACGCCGCGAUCCAGAAGAGUUCGAUGUACAAACCCCGACAAAAGCUGAGCGACGAGGUCGUGGCAACCCUCGGGCGACUCCAGGAGCUCGCAAGUCCACAGUUACAACAUCACUGCCAACAUCGACCGCAAUGGAAUUUUCAACCUUGAGGACUCCCGAAAAGCAGACCAACAGUGCCCAGGCUACUUCGAGCCCUUCGAAGGAGGAUGACACCGGUCGUAACAGCAAGCAAAGAGAUACCGUGUCGCAGGCUGACGCCUUCAAGGAGCCCAAGAAGAACCAACAGACGGGCCAAUCUUCUGGUCGCCUAGGUCCCCAGGAACACAAGAACAUGCGGCCCCUUGGUGGCACCAACAAUCCCAACCAAUUGCAAAGACUGGACUCAAAUUUACAUACCAACUACAUGCCUGUUGUUCAUAUAGAGGGGGCAGUGCAGCCAAAUCAGAUGCACAAUCCUCUGGGAAUCACUUUCCACCCCUCUGGAGCCUUCAAUCACGUUGCCCAAGGAGGGUACCUUGCCCCUCAAGAUAAUGCCUCUAAUGGCUUAAACUACCGCCACGCGAGCAUGCAGCAACCAUUUUUUCAUUCAAAGGGGUUCCCCCCCAACCGGGGUAGGAAUUUCAGCAACUCUUCCCGCCUGGAUCGCUCCGAGCUGAACGACAAUCGUUGGUAUCAGAACAGCGAGAACUUUAACGGUGCUAACUCAGGUUUCAAUCGUGGAGCUAAUCAGCGCGGUGGACGUAAAGGGACAGGCCGUCGAGGUGGCCAUAACCAGCGAAACGCAACAGCACCUGUCACUCAACCACAUGUUGGUUCCGACCCCAUUCAGAAGAUGCGUGACGGAGGACCAUGGAAAAACAACAAGUGGCGCCGAGAAGGCUCGGACCCAGUACAAGUGACAUGCCGGAACGUCCAGGAUGGGUAUGCCAUUAGAGAUUACGUUCUUUGCUCCUGCCAGAUGUGCGAGGCUCGUAACCGAUCUGUGCACGUCGCCGUGGAAUCUCAACAUAAAAUAUCAUCGGUAGACAUGCAGUCCCGGGUCAAGUAUGGCUUGUCUGGACGAUACGGGCUUGUGGACGAAGUAUACCCAUUACCUUCAAAGGAACCAGGACGUUUCAUAGUCAGGUUCAAUAACCCUUCAUCUGUUGCUGAAGCGCUGACGAUGGGUGGCGGAAACAUGCCCGAACACGCUCUGUCAGUUACUUUCACUCCGGCUAUGCGUUCCAAGUGGACACUCUCCGAGCAAGCACCGACUCGGGUGACCUCUAGCCAGGCUAUUGACCAACAUCCCUCUUCUGUACCAUUCUCUCCAUAUCCCUUUGGUAUCGUUGUGCCUGGUAAUACCCCAGGCGUUGCGGCGGCUCACCAGAUUCCACCUGGAAUGCUUCAUCCAUCUGUGGCGAACCCAGCCAAUGCGCGUAUGUGGCCCAAGACCGGUGGCCAACAGGCUUUCUCUGGAUUUGCUCAACCGAUGCCGAGACUACCUGAUUUUGUUUCUGCCGUACGUAGCUAUUCUCAAAACCAAACUUUUGUCCCAGGACCUACACAUUUGGAGACUGCCGGCCAAGCCGUCGAUGAGCCAUUGCAGACAAAGCCGCCUGCUGAGGAAGCUUUGGAGGAUAUGCAUCGCAAUGAUCGAUGCGGUUCCUACAGUCCAGGAAGCGACGGAAAUGGGACUACUGGAACCAAAGCUCGUGUUUCAUUGCCUAACACCCCUUCUAAGGCUUCUCCAAAGGAAGUACACACAACACAGCCCACGGCCGCAGAGAAGGUUGCCGAUAACCAGGCCAGUGAAGGGGUCGUGCCUCGCCUUACACACACAACAUCUGUGCCAGGUAGUAGUGUAACGAGCCACAAUUGGGUACCCAGUGUCUUCACCAAGAACGAAAUCAAGGAAAGGCGCCAAGCUUGGGCAAAGAUCCCCAUGCCACUAAAUCAUCGCUGUUCUAGAAACUUCACACCAACUAAACCCAGCAGUGGCCCUAUCAAGGAUGGUGAUAAUUCACGGGUUUCAAAGGGCGACAAGCGCGAAAUGUACGCUGCUGAAUCCGAAUUGUCAACUCCGACCAAGAACGUGACAUUCACUCCUGAUACUGGUAGUGUUUAUGAGCAAUCUCCUGGAAAACCCGUGUCUCCCACAUGUGCGCCGAAGGAUUCCUCUGCCCCCAACUCAACUGGACCGACAGGACAAGAAACAAUCAUCGAGGAGAACGAAGAUCGGGACAGGGAAUUGGCCACUACCUCUUCUCAAAUCGGCAAGACUGGAUGCCAGAGCGAGCUAGAUCAAACCCAAGCGCUCAAGCCCAUUGAACAAGACACUCAGCCCGAAGUUUUUGACACAAACCGGCGUUUAGACAACGGACAAGCAAAUCAGCCAAAGGGGAAGGGAAAGGGCCCGAAAUCGAAGUCGAAGAAGAAGAAGUCAAAACAUAAGAUGAUGUCUCAAGACCACGAAUCCAACUCUCACACACUCAAUUCUCAUACGGCCACUCAAGCUUCUCGAGGCGAUUCUGAGAGUACGCAUCACGGACUUUCAUCCACAAUUGGCCCCGAUAAUCAGCCGUCUGAAUCAUUCUCCCCUACAAAGCGGCAACAUGACGACCCCGAACAACGUUCUGCAUCCGAUCUCUCCAAACGAAGCAAGAAGCAUGGAAACAAUCAGGAAAUUUCUCACGAUGAAUCUGAUUCACCUGAUGAGGAUGCCCGUGGCCGUAAGGGAUUCAGGGUCGGCAGGGGAGGUUCGCUUCGUAUGGGCAAGACACGUCGCCCCCGUGCCAUUAUGACUGUAGCAGCACUUGCAGAGCAGCCCACGGACACCCAAACUCCACCCCCUUCAUCGGAUUUUGCCUUUCAAUGUCAGAGCUCUUCUGCCUCUACUAGUUCACCAAGCCUACAUGGGCCCGACAACAGUGCAAUGAGUCGACUGAAUCCCAAAGCACAGGAGUUUGUCUCGCCAUCUAGAGUGACACUUAAUGACAAGCAAAUAACUCCUGAAACUGACGGAAUCGAGAAUUUCGAUAGGCUCAUAUCAGAAGAUGAAACCAAUCGCACACGAAACGCCAUUCAAGAACCACUGAAGUCUGGCCUGGGCGCAGCUCCUACCGACGACUCCAUGCUUUCUGAGGUAGCUACUUCAGCCCCAAAACAUCGACGGGCUCUAUCGGAAGCGGCUCAGAAAGAGACCCUGGCAAACGAUAAAGAGGGAGCGUGCCAGGGCCAUGCAAAGACGCCGGGAAAAGGCCCCAAGCGAGCGAAGGGCAAAGAAAGAGCCGCUACACUAGGCGCGAGAAAAGAAACGGCCGAGGGCACAGAGGACGCAACCCAGGAUUCACCUCGAACUCCCAAACAACCAGUUACCAAAACCAGGAAGCCUGGCCUGAUCAACGAUGAUUGGCCUUCUCUUCCAGCAUCUCGGGAUCGUGCCCCAUCAAAGCCGCAAACACCCUCGAUCUGGGGCGCAAAGACGAAAGCUGCGGUGGAAAAUGGUGGCCUAGAACAGGGCUCUCCAGUCACCUAA